UACACACAUACCCACAUACGCGAAGGCGCAAGUGCGAAAUCUAACAACAACAAUGUUGUCUGCUCGGUAGCAAAAUGACAAUAAGCAUAGAUAACUUGAUACGAGACUCUUUGGUUCGAGAGAGAGCUGUCAAAACUCGCAUUUUUUAUAACAUUUGCCAAUGAUGCCACUGCUGAAAAAUAUUAACUUGGGUAUUUAAUAAAUUAUACAAAACACUAAAUUAAACACUUUGAAAAUGCAUACAUACAUAUAUAUGUAAAUGCUAAAAUGCAAAAUCAUUAAUUAAUUUACAUAAACAUUUAUUUUGCCAAAAUAUGUUCGCACAGUUUCAUUUCACACUAAUUUCGUCAAGUAAUUAUAGCGCUGCUUUUCUGGCAUCCCGCCUUUUUCACUAACUGCUGGUUGACGGCACCCUGAUUGUGUUUUGUUGCCAGCUCAGAAAACAGAUCAGCUGCAAGCGAGAGAGCAAGAAAAGAGAUUCUAAUCAAGUUAUCUAUGACAAUAAGAGAAUGACGAAUAUUACAAAUUACAAAUGUUUGCUUUGGCAUGUGCACUGGUACAUACAUACAUAUGCAUGCGCUAAGGCGCUAUCUACGAUUUGACAUGCGCUCUCUUCUAUGUUGCACGAAUAUGUAUGUACGAGCUAAGGAACACUGCGCUUUGACAUGCGCACUCUACUUUGUUUUAUAUUCACACAUACAUACUUACAAACAUAUGUAUGUAUAUACAUAUGUAUGGGCGAAGACGCAAGUGCAAAAUCUAACAGAAAUAUUGUUGUCGGCGUUAUUUUGAUUAGAAGUGUUAUUGCGUUAGGUAAGCUUUGAGUCAGUUCAGUUUUCUUCCAAAAGUCAAGGCGGCUAUUACCAGCGAAUACAUACAUACUACAUCGAAUUUCAGUUCAGAUUCAGAUUAAUUAUUAAAAAUAAAAUGCCAAACCAAAGGCGAAUUAGACGAAAAAGGAGUUUAACAGGUCGAAGAGAAGAGAGCCGUAGUCAUGCAGGAUCUAUGGCAAGUUAUUUCAAAGCUGCCCUAAACUCCGUAGUUCUUCCGGAGUAUAGUUCGCUUGGGGGUUUGACUAAUAUAUGUUUACACUGUAAAGCAAAACAUUUCGGAAGUGAAAAGGUAAGAAAUGGCUUUACGACAUGUUGUCAUGGCGGAAAAGUUAAACUUCAAGAAUUACGUGUACCUGAGUUUUUGAAAGCUGUGUUAGAAAAUGAUUUGAGCUCUUGGCGGGGACACUAUUUGGAGAAUAUUCGGCAGCUAAAUAGUUCGUUUGCUUUUGCAUCAUUCGAAGCGAAAAUUGCGGAGCCUACAGGGCGCGGACCAUAUUGCUUCCGAAUACAUGGAUCAAUAUAUCAUAGGGUAGGUCCAUUGCAUGCAGAUCAUCCUUCAGAAUCCUCCUACGCCCAGCUGUUUAUUCUUGACACGGAUCAAGCAACUGAUAUAAGGGCACAACAUAAUUCAAACUGCGAUAGGUAUUUGCUGAGAGAAAUCCACGAAAUGCUUUCAAAUAUUAACCCCUUGGCAAAUGAGUAUAAGCAUAUGGCGCAGGUUGAACGCGAAGAGGAACAGAGGGCCAGAGAAGAAAAUCGCAAUGCUCGCCGAAUUAGCAUGCUACUUUUGCUUAGAUCGAUUAUUACGUGAUAUUCACCAAAAUGAAAUACCUUUUGGUGGAAAGGUUAUUUUAUUAGGUGGUGAUUUCAGGCAAGUUCUUCCUGUGGUGCCCAAUAGCUCACGCGCCGCUAUAGUUGGUAAUUGUUUGAAACGGUGCUCACUUUGGAAAUUUUUUAGGUGUCUCA